UUUCAACGACAGGAAACUCUGGGUCGCUCUUCUAUACUUGUGUGUGUCUGUGUGUGUGUAUGUGUGCGUAUGGGACACCGCAUCAGCUCUGUUUUCAGCCUUAGUUAUAAGAGAGGCGGAUGAUGACAUCUUCACACCCAAGCUGUGCUCAUGUAAAAAAGCUCCUCUUACAGCAAACAGCUCCGCAGAAUAAAUAUAAGUCUGAAAAAAACUAGCAUUUUAAUGGCGGCCUCUGAAAACUGACAUUGUUGGACGCUCGAGGAAAGAUUUGACUAACUGGAAAGAUGGGAUGCGCCUGCAGCUCGGAUUCAGACAGCGAAUGGAUCGAGAACUUGGACGAACUUUGUGAACAUUGCAACUGUCCCAUUCCUCCCGAUACGAGCAACCCAUACACAGAUCAGGUGAUUCCAUACCCAUCACAUUAUACACCCCCAACUUCACCUCUACCAGAUAACAUCGGGGUGGCCAUUUACAGCUAUGAACCCAAACACGAAGGAGACCUGGGCUUUGAAAAGGGAGACAAACUCAAGAUCAUCAACAAGGAUGAUGCAGAGUGGUACCUGGCUGAGUCUCUCACCACAGGCCAGCGGGGCUACAUCCCAUAUAACUUCAUUGCUAUGACCACAGUGGAGACUGAACCGUGGUUCUUCAAGAACAUCUCUAGAAACGAUGCCAUGAGGCUCCUGCUAGCUCCAGGGAACACCCAGGGCUCUUUCCUGAUUCGAGAAAGCGAGACCUCCAAAGGAUCAUACUCAUUAUCAGUCCGAGAUCUGGACCACAACACGGGGGAAGGCGUGAAGCACUACAGGAUUCGUAACAUGGACAAUGGAGGCUUCUACGUGACGGCCAAGAUAUCCUUCAACUCUCUGAGGGAGCUGGUCCAGCAUUACUCCCGUGAAGCAGAUGGAUUGUGCACAGUCCUUGUGAAGCCCUGUCAGUCCAGGGCGCCACAGAAACCCUGGUGGCAGGACGAGUGGGAGAUUCCACGGGAGUCCCUGAAGCUGGAGCGCAGGCUGGGGGCCGGACAGUUUGGAGAAGUCUGGAUGGGCAUCUACAACAACGACAGGAAAGUGGCCAUAAAGAAUCUGAAGAUGGGCACCAUGUCAGUGGAAGCUUUCAUGGCAGAGGCCAAUAUGAUGAAAAACCUGCAGCAUCCUCGACUCGUCCGUCUCUUCGCUGUCGUUACCCAGGAGCCUAUAUACAUCGUCACAGAGUACAUGGAAAAUGGAAGCUUGGUGGACUUCCUGAAAACGCAGGAGGGAAGCAAUUUAACCACGAACACACUGAUAGACAUGUCAUCACAGGUGGCUGACGGCAUGGCGUUUAUCGAGCGGAGGAAUUAUAUUCAUCGAGACCUGCGGGCUGCCAACAUUCUAGUUUCCCAAGAGCUCAUCUGUAAGAUUGCAGAUUUUGGCCUUGCAAGAUUGAUAGAGGACAAUGAAUACACAGCUAGAGAAGGUGCAAAGUUCCCCAUUAAAUGGACCGCACCAGAAGCUAUAAACUAUGGCACCUUCUCCAUAAAAUCUGAUGUGUGGUCGUUUGGGAUUCUCCUCACAGAAAUAGUGACAUAUGGACGUAUUCCAUAUCCAGGUAUGUCCAACCCAGAGGUGAUCCAGAACUUGGAGCGGGGAUACAGAAUGCCAAAGCCAGAAGACUGUCCAGAUGAGCUUUAUGAAAUUAUGCAUGAGUGCUGGAGGGAGAAACCAGAGGAAAGACCCACAUUCGACUACCUGAAGCACAUCCUGGAAGAUUUCUUCACUGCCACCGAGAGGCAGUACCAGGAAUAGCUAAAGAGCA